CAGAAUCCUUCUCAAAAAUGGCGACCAAAAUAGAAAACACGUUGGGUUUGUUGUGAAAAAUUAAAUGUUCUAAGUGGGAAUUGGUGAAACAUUAAAACAUAUGUUCAGAAAUGAAAUUAACACCUUUGUAACUUUUCAAAAGACUAAGGCAGCAUAACUGCACAGUAGAAUUUGGAGUGAGCAUAUAUUUAUAAGUUCCAGAUAUGGCAGCUACAUGUCAGAUGAAAGAAGAAAUAUAGGGAUUAUUCCAUGGAAAAAUGCCACUUUUAGAAAUAAAACAAAGGCCAUCUGGGCAUAUUGGUUUGAACUUAGAUAACGAGAAAGACUGGAAGACAUUUAAGGAGAUAAUAAAGUGCGUUUCCUAAGGCAUCAUUAUCCAUAUGGCUGUGCAUCUUUCUUAAUGCAAGACAACACUGCUAGUAAAACUAGAGAGCACUAAAGACUUUUCCACUUUCUUAAGAUUAGAUAAAGAAUAUGAGUGCAGCAAAAAUGGUUGCUGACUCCACUCAAGGAGAUUUGGAUGAACCUAAAAAAAAGAGGAAGAGAAAGAGAGAAAAUCUUAAGAAAAAGUCAAAGAAAUUGAAGAAAAGAGACAGUAGAAAAGGAAAGUAUAGCAAAAAAGAAGAUGAAGAUUCUGACCUUGACCUUGAGAAAGAACUUCAGCCAAUAGGUGAUUACAUAAAGGAACGUUAUGAGAUGAAUGAAGAACUUUUCCACUGUCUUCGUGGACCAACUUUACAACGCUACAUACCAGAUGUACUUAAGGAUUUACCCCUUGAAGAGCUAAAGAAAAGAUGUUUAGAACAUCUAGAAAUAAUGUCCAAAAAAAGAAUCCGAGGAAUUUUAUCAGGUGAUGAUCCAGGAACUAUUUCAUCAUCUGGAACAGAGGAAGAUUCCUCUGGGGAGGAACAGGAGGAAGCUCCACAAGAAAUAGAUGAAGGCCUAACCUAUGACCUUGAUAAAGGAAGUGGAGAAGAGAAGGGAAGUGAUAGUGAUAUUGACAGAGAAAGUGAAUGUGAUGAAGAAAAAAAGAGUGAAAGAUCUGGCAGUGAAAUAGACGAAGAAGUGAAUGAAGACUUGGAAGACGGUGAGACUGUUUCUGAUGAAGAUGAAGAUUUUACUCCACAGAAAUAUAAAAAUGAACUGGAAGUUAGUUCAGAAACAGAAGGGGAGAUAACUUCUGACGAAAGUGGUGAAGAUAAAGAAGACACCCAUCAAGAGACUGGUGAUCAGUUUGACAUUGAUAUAAAAAAGAAAGAUCAAGAGGAAUCUCAUCAAAAGGAAGAAGAACAGGAGAAAAUUGCCAAAAAGGAUAAUAUUCAAGAUAAGAAAUACACAGAAGAAAAACAAACAGACUAUGAAGAGGAUUGCAGAGUCAGAGUGAAAGAUGAAAUACCAGUAGACAAUGAUGCAAAAAGUGAUAACGACAUAAACAAUGAUUGUAAGACUAAGCAGGAAGAUGUCCAUAGGGAUGAAAAUCAAGAAAUUGAGAUGAGAAAUGAUAUUAAAGAUGAUGAAGGUCAAAAUGUUUGGCAAGAAAAGAAGGAUAAAUCAGAAGUGAAUAUUGCCAAUAAGGAAGGAGAGAUAACUGAAGAGAAUUCUGUACAGGCUGUUUCAACAUUACAAGGAAAAACAAUCUUUAAGGAAUUCAAAUACAAAAAGGAAGUUACUGCAUCAGAAAUGGAUAUAGAUAAUCAAGCAGAAAAUAUGAAGGAUGAUUACAAGUAUAAAAAAGAAUCUCCUGAACAGAAAAAUGAAAUUUCAGAGAAAAGAGAUAAUUUGGUUAAAGAACUUAAGGAUGAAGAUGCUAUAUAUUUGGGUGCUGAAAAUGAAUCUGUAUUGGAUAACCCUUCCUAUGAAAUGGGAAACAGAAUUCAUAAUAUUCCUAAAUAUUUAGAGGAGAGAAAUGAUAUGGAAGAUGUUGAGUCUUGCAUAUCAACAAAUACACAGCAAGUGGCCACUUCUAAUGUUCAACAAAAAUCUGAAACAAGACAGGAUAAUCAAUCAGAAAGGGAAUCGGCAAUAACUGAUACAAGGAAAGUAGAAUUCAGUGGGACAAGGGAGAUAAGUCAAACUCGAUCAGUUGUAUUAUCAAAAACACUAGAAAGUAGAGAUAGUCAGCUUAGAACAGUUUCAAAAUUUUCAAAGACUGAUCCCAGUAAAACUUUCAUAUCAGUGUCCUCUAUGCAUUCUGUUACCCCUCCUAUAAAAUCUGUAAUGGAUAGGUUAGGGAGUCAGAAAAUAGUAUCAAAAGAAAAAGUUCAAGUUACAUCAACAUCAAAAGUCUCGCCUUCAGAGUUGUCAGCAAAAACUGUCUCAAAAGUGACAGCUGUUGCCUCAUCAGAAAAACAAUCAUUUUCAAAGUUAAGUUCAAAAACUUCACCAUUGAGUACAUUAUCAUCCAAGACCAUUUCAAUAACACAGUCAUCAGUAGGAAUGAGUUCAAAGACAUCUUCAAAUACACCACCAGAUCAAGCCAUACCUUCAUCAUCAAAGUCAUUGUCAUCUAAAGCUAAAACAUCCAAAACUGAACUGUCACAAAAUAGUGACGAAAGUUUAGCCCCAGUGUUGACAAAGAACCAGAUGGAAUUAUUAGAGCUGGAAAUGAGAGCCAGAGCCAUCAAGGCUAUGCUUGCUGCUCAUGAGAAAAAGGAAAAACAACUAGAAAGGCAGGCAAAAUUAUGAAGACAAUGAAAACAUGGAAAAGUUAAAUCUGCCUUGUCAUUUAAUUUAUGUUUAUUCAUUAAAACAGUGGACAAUUUUAGAACCAUAAUUUUUUAUCUCUUGUUAAAUUUUGAAUAAAUAUUUUUUGUUUUAA